AUGAACUUAACGGAUCAUGUCAUCCAAGAAACGGAAGAAAUUAUCGACUGCUCCAUCCCAAUAAAUGAACGACGAUGGUAUCUAGUAGCUGUGGCUGGCACAAGCUUAAGCUUAAUAAGCUUUAUCUGUAAUCUUAUAAUCGCUAAGGUUCUACUUAGCUCGAAGCAUUCGCAUUUCUACUUUCUGGCCAUAUUGGCUCUGUCAGAUUCAUUUCUUUCGUUUAUGUAUGGGCCAGUAAUAGCUAUGGAUAUAAUUAAAGAUCGUUUACAAAUACUAUGGUUAACCAAAGCAUAUUGGUCGUAUCUGGGACCAUUACUAUCAUUAUGCCAAACAUCCAUGACCUUCUCUACAUAUCUCAUUAUCUUAGCAACAAUUGAAAGAUAUUUAAUUACACAUCGAUCACGAUCUCUAACAGCUUUCCGAAGAUGUCGAACCAUGCUUUCGUUUGUCGUAUUCAUGUUGUCUUUAUUACUUAGAGGAACUGCCAUAUUUGAAAUUGAGGUUCAGAAGAAUUUUAAUUGUACGGGAGUAACAGAGUAUCUGCCGGGCUUGAGAGAUGAAAUCGUCGGCACCUUUUGGUAUGGAACUGUAUUCCGCUUUUACACUAGGAAUAUUAUGACUGUUUUCUUGCCCUUCAUCUUCCUAGCAUAUCUUAAUUACAGUAUCGUUAAAACUUUACGAAAACAACAAAGAUCCGCAGAAAUGUUCCGAUUCUUAAGCAGUGAUCACAAGACGAAAAUACGAUCUGCAACUCGUUUAAUGGUAACUGUCGUGUGCUCUUAUUUAUUGGCCAAUGUUUUGAAUGUUUUAAUUACAUUUUGGGAGCACAUUGAUUCAGAUUCAACACAACAAGUUGAAACAUACCAAUUCUAUGAAACAUGUACAGACGUCAUCUCCGUUUUGUACAUUUUUGUGUGUGCUACUCGCCUAAUAGUGUAUUAUUCGCUUAACAAGGAAAUACGCGAAGAUAUCCAAGCCCAGCUUUGUCAUACAUCCAAGCGGCCUAAACAAGUUGCUGCUCUACCAAGAUUCAAUGAUGGAGUUGGUCAGCAGGUAGGAACUGAGAUUGAUGCAGUAGCUAUAGCCAUAGCACGUCGGUUGAUGUCCUUAGAUAUACGACUGAUUGAUCCAUCAACAACGAAAACGGAAUUGAGUUAUCCAGAUAGUCCUGUACACGCCAUUAUCUAUGCGAAUAAGCAUUGUCGAGACGAAGCAGAACCGGUAUAA